AUGGUUAAUUUUGAGAUUUCCCAACCCAUUUCUGUCUCUGAGCAAACCAAUGUUGUAUCAAGCAUUGUACCUAGAUACACCUCUAAAGAAAACACAGCCACAAUUGAUAACCAAACUGUGGAUGCCUUCAAUAAUGGUGACAAUGAUAAUGAUCAGCCCAUGUAUAAUGCCGAUCUUGAUCAUGCCAUGGAUGACAUUCACGUUGAAACCUCUCCUCUGAUAUUUGAUUUCAGUCAACCCACUCCCAUUCCUAACAAUGACGAUGCAAAAAUCUUGAAGACAUCUAAUGACAUAACAUACAGAGCAUGCUCUUCAUACCUUGGAGAUAAACUUCUUGAGAGAUUUUCUUCUGUAAAAGGAGAUAAGUAUGACAUCUGCCAUAAUGAUUGUAAGCUUUACAAUGACAGUCAUGAGACAGUAUGUCCUAAUUGUGGUGAGUCACAUUAUAAAAACGAUGCCAAAGACAAAGACGGAUUGCCAAUCCCUGUCAAAACAAUGAUUCAGAUCCCUUUGGCUAGACAGCUUGCUCUCUGUUUGGCUGAUGACACUACAAGAAACGAGAUGAUGUAUUGUCAUAACCAUCAGUCCAGUCAAAACGGAAGCAAAUCUGAUGUCUUUGAUGGCCAAGCUUAUGAAUCGAUCAAGCAUCCUUUUUCUGAUGAGAAUGAUAUCGCCAUUUCAUUGUCAGUUGAUGACUUUGCUCCACACAAGGUUCCUGGUACGGUGACCAUUUUACAUGCCACCAUGCUCAACCUUCCUCCAAUGGUCCAUUACAAGUGCAAGCAAAUGAUCCAGAUCGCAAUGAUCCCUGCUGCAACUGUACCUGCCGACUUCUGA